AUGAAUAAGCACGCGAAGACGCCGAAGAUCACGGGAUACUUGCUCGCCGGCGUGGCGUUUGGGCGACACGGUUUAGGCGCGUUGUCGGCGGCGGGAUCUCGACGGUUAUGGCUCGUCGAUAACGGAUGCCUGGCGUGCAUCGGCGUCGCGGCUGGAUCUGAGGUGGUGCUGAGUGAGGUGCGGAAGACGCUGCGGGUGACGAUGGUGACCAUCGCGAGCGUGGCGUGCUGCUGCUGGUGCGCGACGUUUGGCGCGUUCGACGCGAUUUUCGCGCAGAGGGUGGAGUUUUUGCAAGGGCUGACGGAGCGACACGUCGCGGCGGUGGGAUCUUUAUUGGGGACGCUUUCGUUGGCGCGCUCGCCCGCGAGUGCGAUGGCGGUGAUCAACGAGUGCGAGGCGAGCGGGCCGUAUUGCGCGCACAUUUUGAGCACGACGGUUUUGAAAGACGUUCUCGUCGUCGCGUUGUUCGCUAUAAACGUCGAGCUCGUGGCGCUUUCGGGAUUAGACUUCCACAAUAUCAUAUCAGAUGCGGCGACGAUGGCCUUGGGAGGUGAGAUCGCGAGCAACACGACGCGCGAUGUCGGCGCGAGCGCGGCGGCGAGAAGACUCUUGGUGAAUUUGAAGCCCGCGACGCAAUGGGAAACUUCGCAUCCCAUCACCAAGCUUUUGCAACCUAUAGUGCGGGUGAUCGGGGCCGCCAUUGCGGGUAUCAUCGCAGGCGUCCUACUUGGACGCUUGCUCAAACCCACGUCCUUGGCGGCGCGUUGGAAAAACAUUCGUGUCGGCUGCAUCGUGUGCGGCGCCGCCGCCAUCUUUGUGUCUAGCGAACAUCUCGGAUUGGAGCCUUUAUUGGUGUGCGUCGCCGCCGGUCUCACCGCGGCAAAUCGCAAGCAUACGAACGGCGCGCACGAGCGCGAGGAGUUACACGCCGCGAUCGCGAUCGUGACGCCAGCGGUAAAUUUGCUCUUCUUCACCCUCGCCGGCGCGAGCCUGCGCCUGGAAAACGUGUACAACUCCAUCGUCAUCGCGGUCGGUCUCGUCAUCGUUCGUCUUUUGGGGCUGUAUUGUGCCACGGCAAUAUCUGCGCGCAUACUCAAAGCACCGGCGGUGAGCGACAUCACGGGCGAACGGCGCAAAAACAUUGAAUGGAUGGGGCACGUCACCCAAGCCGGCGUCGCGCUCGGUUUGUCGCGCACCGUCGCCGCGAGAUUUCCAUACUGGGGCCCCGCGUUUUCGACGCUGGCCGUGUCCGUGAUCGUCAUCAACUUAUUCAUCGGUCCCGUGUUAUUUCGCGCAUCCAUAGAACUCAUGAACGAGUCGCACUCGACGCUCAACGCGGCGUUGGAGCGCAUCGUCGCGACGCCCAAGCGCGCGGUCGAGGCGCCCGCGACCGGCUCUCCUUCCCUUUAG